AUGAGAAUCCAAACUGUUAUGAAAUCUGCUAAUGUGGUUAUUGAUGAUCUAGCUGAGUACUCCCAUGAGGAAGAAAUUGACAGGUUCAUUGAUGUUCAACAGCGUAAAGGGAUACCAGAUCUGACAAAAGAUCGUUCAGAGGCGACAACAACUGCUAAUGGUGUAUCAGACACAGAUUUUGUCGAAGCCUUAAGUGAUGAAUCAUGGAUUAAUGUUAUGCAAGAAGAGAUAGAUCAAUUCACAAGGAAUGAGGUGUUUGUCAGUGGGGUCAUUAUGGUUGUUUCGACAUCAAAGCAAGAAAUUGAAAAGUUUGAUGAUUCAAAUGAUUCUUCGCACUGGAUAAUGAAGAUGACAGCAUUGCUUAAUAAUCUCAGCCUUAAUGAAGCACUUUUAGGGGAGGCUCGGAUGCCUACGACAUACUCAGAGGAAAAUAAGAAAGAGAUGAUGAAGAAGGCCUAUAAUACGUUUAUCUUAAGUCUAAGUGAUAAGGUGUUAAGGGAGGUUUCUAAGAUGAAGACGGCUGCUGAAAUCUGGUUGUAG